GUGUUCUGCCAUUUUUAAAAUUAACGACAUAAUAAAAUUGUACAACAAACCAGCGGGACGCGUUUAUAUCGAAAAUUUGUUGAAGGAUUAAUAUUUGUUUUUGUCUUUGUGUUAUAUUAAAAAUUCAUUGGAAAAAUGGAGUCUAUGGAUCAUAGGGAACUAAAAAAGUCAACAAGACGUUCAAAGAAAGUUAAAAAUUUAGAAGAAGAAGUAGAGUUAAUUUUUUCUCAAGAUGAAACUGAUGAGGAUGCCAAGGAAAAUCUUGAGGAAAUAUUACCUAAAACUCCUUCCCGUCGUGAUGGACGUAAGAAUGCAGCAACAACUCCCAAAGCAACAUCACAAGCAGUACUUCAAGAAAAUCUCCAAACACCUCGUCGAAGUUGCAGGAAGAGUAUUAGACCCACACAGGAAUACGAUGAUAUUGUAAAUAAAUCUUUGCGAUCCUGCACACGAUCGGCUAAAAAACAUUUGUUGGUUACUGCAGAGGAAGAAAUGGAGGAAAAUUUUGAAAAUAAAGACGAAGAAAAAAUGCAGCCAAAAUGGACCCCCGCAAAGGUGGGCAGAGUCUCCCAAAAGCGUAGCCGUAAGUCUCGUCGUAACGACAAGGGUAAAAAGACGGCUAAAGAAAUUGAUGAGCAAGAAAAAGAAGAAACAAGGGAGUACAAAAAUAUAAUGGAAAAAGUACGGGAUCAUGAGGAGGAAAAAACAAAAUGUGAAAAAGAUCUGGAGGAUGUAAAACAUUCCGAAUUGGUUUUAGUUGAAUAUACAAAGGAAGAAAAAGAAAUGGAUAAAGCAAAUAAAGAUAUUGAAAAUGUAACAGCUAAUCAAAGGGAGAAACAAGAUAAUGAAAAAUCAUUCAAAGGGGAUGAGGAAGAAAUUGGUGAUAUAGAUAUGGAUGUAUCAGAAGAAAUUCAGGAUGAAGAUGAGAAAAAAACAAAAUGUAAGAAAUAUAUCGAGGAAGUAAAUGUUACCGAACUUAUUUCAGUUGAGGACGCAAAGGAGAUAGAGGAACAAAUACAUUCAAAUAAAGAUCUGGAAGAGGAGAAAAUUGAGAAAAUAGUUGAAACUCAAAUUCCACAAAAAGUGAAUAAUGAAGUUGAUAAUUAUUUAGAAAAUCGUGAGGACUCAAUACUAUUAGUGCAAGAUGACAGUGAGGAGUGUAAAGAAUUUGAACAAAAAGCAGAAGAUGACAUAUGUAUUGUAUUUGAAAAUAAUAUAAGCAACUGCGAAAUUAAAGAGCAAAUGGAAGAAAAGGAAAAAGACUCCUUUGGUAGCUACUUGAAACAAAAGCAGAUAAACAUAUCAGAUCUGGGUUUAAAUCUUUUAAAAGAUGAAGAGGAAGAAAGAGAAACUACAGAAAUAGAUGAUGAAAUAAAACAAACCGAAGAACUCGAAGAUAUGCCUUCUCUUAUAAUGUGUGAUGAUGACGAAGAUAAUGGUGAAGAUGACGGAAAAUCUAGUAUUAAAUUAAAUGAGACUUUUGAAGCUACUGAUGCUACAGAAGGAACAGUUAUAAAUAUAAAAAAUACGGAAAGUGAUGAUUCUAAAAAAGAAAUUGAGAAGAUUAUUGAAAAUUCUGAAAACCCCAAUGAAGAAAUAAUGGAAACUUUACAAAUGUCCGAUGAUGAUGAUGGUGAAACACCUAGAAAACCUCCUCGUGUUCAAAAACAUACCCCACUACCACAAAAAGUACUUAAGGAUUCUGCUGUAAAAAUAAACCCGAAAGAUAUUGUUUUACGCGGUAUACGUAAACGCUCACUCUCGGUUUGCAUCAAUGGUGAUGCGCAGAAAUGCCAGAAAUUAUUGGCAGGUCCUCUGGCUAAAGCUAAACAAGAUCGCAUGGUUAGCUUUUACAGUCCGGCUAAUCAGCAAACUAUUAUCGAAGAUCUAGACAAAAUGAUAGCUAAAAGUUUAAAGAAACAAAAGUUACAAGAAAACAAAGAUAUCUCAAAUAAAUUUGUUACAACAAGACGUAAACGAUCCAUAUCACUGGAUGAAUCCACCAUGUCUUCUUCAUACAUUUCAAAAUUACCACGACCUGUUAUGAACCAAAAUUUGUCAGGUAAAACUCAAACAUUCACUUCUACUUCAAAACCAUUAUCACGCACAAAAUUACCCAAUUUUGCUGCUAUACAUGAGAAACAAUUUAAAAAAAUGGAAAGUUUGGUGGAUCAUGUUAGUCGUAAACAAGAACGCUCUAAAAAUUUAAUAAAUUCAGCAACAAAAUUAAGACCAGUUUCAGCUCAGAAAAACAUCUCCAUAGUAAAAAAUAGCCAGAAUAUCACAAAUGAAAAACCAAAGGCUCUUAAGAAAAUUGAUUUGGGAGCUAACACCAACACACAACUAAAAAAAUCUCAAUUUAAUGCCACUGCAACUACAGAUCUAAAUAAAACCCAAGAUGUUUUGCCUGUUAUUAAUUUACCUGACCCAAGAUUAGCUAACAAUAGUAAAUUGAUAAAAUCUGGAACAAUUUCGCGCCGUCCACCACAACAACAGCCAAUUCGAAAUUAUCUAAAACCAACACAAACAACAAAUAUUGAAAAAGCGGGACCAACGAAGCCUACAUUUAAUCUUUCAACAUCGUUAAUAGCAAAAUCAACAUUUUCAUCGAAUUUAGCUCAAAAGCCAAAAGUGGGACCAACGAAACCCACAUUUAAUCUCUCAACAUCGCUAAUGAUGAAGCCAGCUACAUCUUCAACGAGUUUCGCUGAAAAAGCUAAUACUUCUCACAUGAGUAACGAGGAUAAAAUGGCUUCACGUUUACAACGUCACAUGGAUUUGUUUAAAGGUCGUGUUCCGUCGGCGAGAGCAGGAGUAGCGUCACGUCGAAAUGAGACUAUAUUGAAAGGUGUUCGAUCAAAUCGUCGUUUUGAAUUACAAAUGCAACAUCGUAAAAAUUUGGACUAAUAAGUUUAUUUUAUGUUUUAUUUUAUUUAAUUAAGUUAUUUUUUGUUGGCUUUAAUUUAAUUUGUUCUCUUUAUAUUAUAUGUAUGCAUUUUCGAUUAAUAUUUUUGGUCCAUUCACAAAUUAAGUGUGUAUUUUGUAAAUUCGAUAUAUGUUUGUGAAUGUUUUAAAUAUGUUUUAAACAGUAAAAACUAUACAAAAUAAUUUUAGUACAUAAAUUAUAUUUGUUUAGUAUGAAAUUUUUAUUGCUUGAAAAUUUUACUUUGGCUUGAAAUAUAUACAUAUUUCAUUUGCAAAGUUUUAAGACAUAUUUUCGUUUAGUGUAAUAUAUUUUUUAUAAAUUCGUGAAUGUAAUAAUAUUAAUUUGUAUGUCUUAUUUGUAUGUAAUAAACCCCCCAAUUAAAACAUUAAAACAAAAA